CGCGCGCGGCGAGGCGCCGCCGCGCGAGCUGUACACGGGGCCCGCGGCGCGCGUGUAGAGGGAGCGCGAGGGAGCUCCAGGCGUGUAGCGGGCACAAGGCGCGAGGGGCAGGGAGCUCCAGGCGUGUAGAGGGCACGCGGCGCGAUGUUGACGCUCAUUCGGCAUGCACAGACGGAGGCGAAUGCGGCGCAUCUGCUGCAGGGCAGCUCCGACUCGCCGCUGACGGCGCUCGGGCGGCGGCAGGCCGAGGCGCUGCCUGCCAAUCCACAUUUCACGCAACAGCAGCCAACGGCACUCUUCGUCUCGCCCUUGGGCCGCACCCGCGCAACAGCCGCGCCAUUGGCUGCCUCUCUCAAGCUCACUCCCGAGCCGCGCACGGGCUUGCAAGAGCGUGACUUUGGCGCGCGCGAAGGCACGCGCCGCGGCGUGCACCAGCGCGGCUUCGAGAAGGGCACGGGGCGCGGCGAGAGCGAGGAGGCGUGGCGCAGGCGCGUGCGCGACGAGGGCUGCGAGCUGCUAAGGCGUGCUGGCCUGCUUGACGUCCCAUUCGCCGGCGGCAGCGGCUCGAGCUCGGUAGCUCCGCUCGCCAGCCGCACUCGGGUUCGCGACGCCGACGAGGACGACGAGGACGUCGACGCCGUGGAAGCUGCGCGCGAGGCAGAGGCCGCGCUGCAGUCCGCGCCCUCGGCAGAGCCCGCGGCGCCCGCAGUCAAGCGGCGACGCCUGACUGAGGACUUGCAGCAGACAGCCGAGGCAGCGGCCCCGCCCGCUGUUCCUGACGCAGCGCAGGCCACAGUGCCCUCUGCUGCUGCCUCGUCGACCUCUGCGCCGAGUGCUCCGCGGGCGCGAGCACUGGCGCCCAUCGGCAGCUAUGCGCCCUCCUUCUCCGCCGUCGCGGAGCCUGCGCGCUCUUUGCGAGCAGGCGACGCCGCCGCUGCCGCUACUCCUGCUGCGUCUGCAGUCCCUGUCUCGCCCGACAAGUCGCGAUCCUCGACCGACGCAUCCUCCAGCCACACGCUUGCCGCGCCCCUCUCUCCGUCUCCGCCUUCGCCAGCGCCACAUCUCGUCGCAGUCACGCACGGCCUCUUCCUCUCGCUCUUCUUCAAGCUCUUCCUGCCCGCCCAGCACGUGCGCUUCGCGCAGAACACGGGCGUCUUUGUCGUCGUGCGCGCCCCUGAGGGUGGGCUGGUGCUGCUGCUCGAGGACAACGCGCGGCAUCUGGGCAAGAGCGGCGCGGCGAAGAAGGAGGCGCGGGCAAAGGGCCAGCGCAGCCUGGCCGAGAUGUGGAGAAAAUGACGAUGCGCUCGACGUGCAGCUCAAGAGAAUGUGCUCUGCCGAAUGAAGAAUGGGCAAGAGGUGGGAGACAAAGCAGGCAGGCCCAUGUCACUGCAGUGCCUUGCGCUCUUGCGCCUGGCGCCGAGCGCUGAAUGAAGAGCAUCUGGGAGGCACGCACGUCUAGGCCCUCGCGCGCGAGGUGGCGAGGCGAGAGAGAGAGAGAGGC